AUGUGGGCCAAGGGAAACCCAGGCGACCCAAGGACGCCGCAUGCUCCGGCCACAGGAAUGAUCUUGUUUGGCUGGAGAAGGUUCAGAAUUCUGGCUCCUGAGGUCCUGGGUUCGGAACUCCGGGUUUCUCACGCGUGGUCGGCCCGCGCCCAACGCUCGCUGGGCAGCCCGAUGCCCAGCGUCCGCCUUAGCGUCGGGCUCCUGGCGGCCUUGGCAGCGGGCGGCGCCGUCGCCCUGCUCUGCUACUGCGUCUACCUGGACCGGAGGCGGCACCGAGACCCCGCAUUCCGCCGCUGUCUGCGGGACCAAAGAAGAGCUGGACAGUCCAACGCCAAGGCGCCCGCCAGGCAGUUAUGGGAUCCAGAAAAGAAGAAAACACUACAAGAAUUUUUUUUGCAAGAGAUGCAGAUGGGAAAACUUUGUUUAGCUAGAGGGGAGCAUGGAAUGGGAUUUGAACAUUUCACCAAUGCCCUUUUAGUGUGUGGGCAACCGAAAGAGCUACUGAUGUUUUUCAAAAACACACUCCCUCCUGAGGUUUUUCAGAUGCUUUUGUACAAAAUUCCCAUUAUUUGCCAGCAACUUGAGGCAGACAUGCAUGAGCAAGAAGUACUUGACGGAUGAUCCUGACUGAAAACAUCUCAGCGCAUCCACACCCAGUCAGAGUAUGUUCUGUCCAGUAAAAACAACUGCUCAAUGAUAUUUUCACUUAUUUUACUUUUAGUAAUAAAUUUUUUCUAUCUCAUA